GUCAGCCCAGAGGAUGUAAUCUACAAGUUCCUCUUGAGAAAUAUGGGCAGAGACAGAAGGUUGAGCUCUUGUUUCCUUCAGGGAGGUUGCAAGCUUUUUCUGAAAACUUGGGUCGGCCUUGUGGGCACAUGUAGUUUUUAUUUUUUUUUCCCCCCCUCACUCCGCCUUAGCUGUACUUUUAGAACAGUGGUGUUGCAAACAGGCUUUGGGGCAAGUUGUCUGACUGAACCUUUCCUUCCCUUGCUGCUAAGAUGAUCUCAUUCAUUGCCACAGCUGCUUGUAUUAUGGAGUGUUUUUAAAUGACUCUGCAGUCGCCCAGAUUUUUUGUAAAACUUGUGUCUUCACAUCAGUUCUUUGGCAGAUUUUUUUCUGGUAAUAACUUAGAUGUACUUAAAAUAUUAGCCGUGGUCAUUUUUAAAUGUCGUGUAGUUUUCCUACAUUUUAAAUUGUCAGGUCAUAUGAUUUUGUUUAGUAUAUAAAAACUGCCACACAACUGUUUUCCUAAUUUGGUUGGUAUUCAGUUGACCCAACUGUGAUGCUGUAAUGGAUUCAUUUGACCCUUCCAUUUAUUACAUCAGUUAUAUAUUCUGCAUUAUGUUCUCCUCUGCCUUUGUAAAAUAUUUAGACAUUUUAUAGCCUAAGUAAAACAUUGCUCUUAAAAAUGAUAGGAAACAUGACAACAACAAUUAUGUCUUACAUUCCAGGUUUUUUAAUUUGGAAUUUUUUAAAUUUUCCUCCAUACUGCUGAAAUGCUGGAUAGCUACUUCAUACCUAUAUGAUUUUUUUUUUUUUUUUUUUUGGUCUUCCCCAAAGGAGAUGAUAGAAAGUGACAUUACAUCCAUGAUGUCAGGAAUCAUUAGAAAUUCAGGGCAAAAUCAUCACCCCUCGCCGCAGGAAUACAGGUGAGGAAUUUAUCCGUUUGUAAAGAGGUGUUGCAUCCUCGUGGCCCAUUAGAUGACUUUAACAGUUGUGUAUGUUUCUAAAUAAAAUAAAAUAUUCCAGAAAUCCUCUUUAAUGAAGAAGCUAAUUACAUUUAGCUCUUGUCUUUAAAAGGAUUUUUCUCUUUGGUGACUGCUUGUAGCAUACUAUGGGCUCAAAAACAUCCUGGCUUAAAAUGUUUUGAUAGUAAAUCAGAGACAGUGCAAAUAUGUUCAAAGCCUGGUGUGAACUUCUGGUAUAGUCUAUGCUCUAUGUGAUUUGCCAGACUAUGAUACUCUUGUAAAAUGGUAAUGAUUUAAAAGCCCCCUGUCAUGUAGCAUUUUGAAUUGAUAGGAAAAACAGGAGUCAUGUUCAACUAGCAAUUGGGAAGGUCCUAAUUAAAAUAAAUAUUUACUUUAGUUCCCAAAUGCAUUCAUAUGCCAAACUACUUAUAAUAUGAACAGGAACAAACUUGGGUUUGCUGACAACCUUUAGCAAGUAGGCAUUUAUUUACCUAUACCAACACUUACCCAUUUACAUUUUAAAAAAAUCUUUUUUCUGAGAAGUCAUGGGACAGUUAUGCAUGAAUUACAGUGCUUUGGGUUAAUUCAGCUACAUCUUGUCACAUGAGGCGAUGUUUUAUGAAACACAUUAUAGCAUGUGAAUCAGUGCAGCAAAGUGAAGAGGGCUUUUUUUGGUUUGUUUUUAAAUGCUGAGUGGGUGACUCUAACAGCCUGUGGGUGUUUUCAACAUUUCCUUGGGUAAAAGUGGGCAGCCGUAUAUGUUCUCCUUCUUCUUCUAGCCGCUCUCUAUUCAAAAUGCAAACAUUGCCAGGCAGCUUCUUUCAGCGCAACAAGUGAUUUGUUAUACUGGGUGAAGCCACUAUGGAGAAAGACUCUUGGCUUCCACCCCAUCUCAGUUGAGUGAAGAUGACCUUCCAAGCGAUUUGCAGUCCUUGUCGUGGCUGACCUCUGUUGAUGUUCCUCGCUUACAACAGAUGGCUAGUGGAAGAAUGGACUUCAGCAUCAGCUCUCAAGAGUCGAUGCUGCAGCAGACAGGUCCCGUGCCAGGUAAUAUGCAUUCAGCAGGUGCUCCAGGAGCACUGAUUCAGGUGCAGGCCAGUCUGCCACAGGGAAUUCUGGGACUGAAUACUAUUACAUCGCAUGGAGCAAACAUGAGCCAGUACACAGUCGGAGGGCAGCCAUCUCCUAGUUUACAGUCACAGCACUUGCUUUUCCCUGCUCCUCCUUCACAGCAAGUGUUUGCCAUAGCACAGAACGUGCAACAGUGUAACCCAGCUGCAAUAUACAGUGCAUCCUAUGGACCCCAUCCUCAAUAUUCUCAACCUCGCCUUGCUCCUCACACUGCUCAGGAAGUCCAUCCAAAACAUUAUCCCAAGCCAAUCUACUCCUACAGCUGCUUGAUUGCAAUGGCAUUAAAGAACAGUAAAACGGGCAGCCUCCCAGUGAGCGAGAUCUACAGCUUCAUGAAGGAGCAUUUCCCCUACUUCAAGACAGCGCCCGAUGGUUGGAAGAACUCUGUGCGCCACAACCUCUCCCUGAACAAGUGCUUUGAGAAAGUGGAGAAUAAAAUGAGCGGCACCUCGCGCAAAGGGUGCCUGUGGGCCCUCAGCCCUGCCAAGAUCGACAAGAUGGAAGAAGAGAUGCAGAAAUGGAAGAGGAAGGACUUGGCCGCUAUUCACAGGAGCAUGGCCAAUCCAGAGGAAUUAGAUAAACUAAUCACCGACAGACCUGAGACUUGCAGGCGGCCUAGUAAGCAGGCAGAAUCCGAAGUGUCCACACUGACCCACAUGGCAGCAGCCCAAGGCCGAAUUUCCAUCUCCAAGCUGCAGCCCCAGCCCAUGACGCUCUCUCUGCAGUCCAUACCACUGCAUCACCAGCUCCAGACCCAGGCUCGCAUAGCCCCGGACUCACCGGCACCUGCCCAGACGCCUCCUCUCCAUACUCUGCCUGACAUGAGCCAGAGUCCCCUUCCUCACCACCCAAUGAGCCGCGCACCCACAGAAUUCCUGAAUGUGACAGCAGAUAUGAACACUGAAGUGGAUGCUCUUGAUCCAAGCAUCAUGGAUUUCGCACUACAAGGAAAUAUAUGGGAAGAAAUGAAAGACGACAGCUUCAAUCUAGAUACCUUAGGUGCCUUCAGCAACUCCCCUCUCCAGCUCUCAGACUGUGACCUGGGCACGGCUGGCCUCACCCCCGUCUCAAGUGGCAGUGAUUAUUCCUUCUCAGACUUACAGGUCACAGGCCUCUACACUACUUACGCCACACUGGAUAAUGUAGCCUCAUCACAGUACAUGAAUGGUCAAGGCAACAAGCCCAUUGCUCUGCUUUAAGAUUCACACAUGCGAGGACCUAAGUAACUUGUCACAGGCCUAUUCCCUUUGAGGCCUUGGGAUAUGAUCUGAAAGCUAGAAAGCAGCUCCUUCUGCAGACCCCUGCAUCAUGCAAGGUAUUUACCAGAACUCUCAGUGUGAUGCCAGAAUGUAUCAAGCCAGUACUAGCGCAGGGUUUGAGAACACAUCUCCCUCUUCGUCUUCACUGAGAUCAAAAAGGAUUUUGGCUGUUGUAAUACAAGAACGGGGAGCUGACAAAACAGAGCAUGGAAUGCAUCAGUUAGGAAAAACUUUACUAGAACAAUUCACACACUCGUCACAUUCUGGUUAAACGUAAUCCAGUGCUCAGAACUAACGUCGUGUGCAGGACUGGCCUGCAGAUCCUGUUUGACAACAACACACACAGGAACCACUGCAGCAGCUCACUGCUCCAGCAGGACCGAGUCAGAGAUUCCAAGAACUACCUGAUCUUAUGUGUUUGUUUCUUUUUUUUCAAAGAGCCAAAUAACUGCAGCCAUCAAACAAACAGAGAUCACAUGCCAUUUCUGGAAACGCUUGCAAUGCCAACACCUUUCUGAUGUAACUGUCUUUAAUGUAUUGUUGUGGAGGCAGGGUGGGAAGGAGGGUUCAAGCAAAAUUUUUUUAAAUCAAACCCACAAUUUUCUUAUCUAGAGCUUAAUAAAAAAGGAGGGCUAGGGGCUGACCACAUGAAGGCGGUUGUAGGGCUGAAUUAUUAAACUGAUCACUGGAGUGGAAUUUUAGGAAUGACAUUUAUCUUAGGCUAAAAAAAAAAAAGAAAGAUUAGGUUUGUUACAGUAGUUUCUGUGUAUUGUGCUUCUGUUGAGUCUUGUGCUAGGCAGUAUUACUGUUUGUAAAUUUAUUUAUAUUUAUUGUUUGAAGAGAAAAGAAAUUAUGUAAACUGAGCACUGUUCAGUUUUUUUUUGAAAUGCAGUAACUCUAUUUGCAUGAACUAAAUUAUUCAUAAUCACAAAUGCAACACCUUAUUUUAAAUCACUUUUGUAGUACUUCAGUUUCAUUUUGAAAGCUGAAUUUAAACAAGCACUUUUGAUACUGUGAAACACCUUUUAAAAAAAAAAGUCAGACCAAAUAUUUUUUACCUGUACAGUACCAAUUCAUAAUUGUCUUUUUUCCUAAUUGAUCUAAGCAAAAUUGAUUCUUACCAUGCUUUUUUUUGGUAAACUUUUGAAAACUAGUAUGUAUUUGGUAACAUUUUAAAAUUGCAUUUGAAGAAACAGUUCAAACGACGAGUUAUGUAAAGCAAAUUGUAAGAAUUACACUUAAAUGUAGUGUUUAGGUUUUUGUACCUCUGUGACAUUGAAGUAAUAUUUAUUAUUAUUUUUUAUGUUUUGCUUAUCACUGUGCCUCGAGAACAAUUUUACACUUCCUUAUAAUUGUACCAACAUUGUACCUACUUAUAUUCAGACAGAACUCUUCCCUACACUAAAUUAUGACUAAGAAUGUUUUGAAGCAGAAAAAGGCCCCAUUAGUUUAAAUCUGUGUACUGAAAAAUAAGAAUAAAAUAAAACAGUCAAACUUUGCUAAAUUCUACAUACUGAUACUCUGGGAAGAUGUAGAAUGCAGGUUCUUAUCCCACUGCAAUGUCCAGUGGUACUUUCUUGUUGAAAAUCAACAUUGUGAAAAUGAGAUGUGAUGUCUUAUGCAUAUAUAUCUUUUCAAAUAUGCACAUACGUAAUAACCUCUUCUAAAGUGGCAUGAUGCUCCAUGUCAUAAUUUAUUGUUUAAUCAAGUCCCAUUUAGAAAACAAAAUAAUGUGAACAUCGAUCAUUUGAUGUGAGUGGUAUCAUUUAAGAUGUUUUAAUUUUUUAAUAAAUAUUUCUUAGUGCUAACA